AAGCGCGGCGGCGGGAAGAUGGCGGAGUCCGGCGGCAGCAGCGGGGGUGCUGGCGGCGGCGGCGCGUUCGGCGCGGGCCCAGGCCCCGAGCGCCCGAACAGCACGGCCGACAAGAACGGGGCCCUCAAGUGCACCUUCUCGGCGCCUGGCCACAGCACCAGCCUCCUGCAGGGCCUGGCCGCCCUCCGCGCCCAGGGCCAGCUGCUCGACGUUGUGCUCACCAUCAACAGGGAGGCCUUCCACGCGCACAAGGUGGUCCUGGCCGCCUGCAGCGACUACUUCAGGGCCAUGUUCACGGGCGGCAUGAGGGAGGCGAGCCAGGAUGUCAUCGAGCUGAAGGGCGUGUCGGCCCGAGGCCUGCGCCACAUCAUCGACUUCGCCUACAGCGCUGAGGUGACCCUGGACCUCGACUGCGUGCAGGAUGUGCUGGGUGCGGCCGUGUUCCUGCAGAUGCUGCCCGUGGUGGAGCUGUGCGAGGAGUUCCUCAAGGCGGCCAUGAGCGUGGAGACCUGCCUCCACAUCGGCCAGAUGGCCACCGCCUUCAGCCUGGCCUCGCUCCGGGAGUCGGUGGACGCCUUCACCUUCCGCCACUUCCUACAGAUUGCCGAGGAGGAGGACUUCCUGCGCCUGCCCCUGGAGCGCCUCGUCUUCUUCCUGCAGAGCAACCGGCUGCAGAGCUGCGCGGAGAUCGACCUGUUUCGUGCCGCGGUCCGCUGGCUGCAGCACGACCCGGCCCGGCGGCCACGCGCCAGCCACGUGCUCUGCCACAUCCGCUUCCCGCUCAUGCAGUCGUCGGAGCUGGUGGACAGCGUGCAGACGCUGGACGUCAUGGUGGAGGACGCGCUGUGCCGCCGGUACCUGCUGGAGGCCUUCAGCUACCAGGUGCUGCCCUUCCGGCAGCACGAGAUGCAGUCCCCGCGCACCGCGGUGCGCUCGGAUGUGCCCUCGCUGGUCGCCUUUGGUGGCACGCCCUACACCGACAGCGACCGCUCCGUCAGCAGCAAGGUGUACCACCUGCCCGAGCCCGGUGCCCGCCACUUCCGCGAGCUCGCGGAGAUGGAGGUGGGCUGCAGCCACACGUGCGUGGCCGUGCUGGACAACUUCGUGUACGUGGCCGGCGGCCAGCAGCUGCAGUUCCGCAGCGGCGAGGGCGCAGUGGACGCCUGCUAUCGCUAUGACCCGCACCUGAACCGCUGGCUGCGCCUGCAGGCUAUGCAGGAGAGCCGCAUCCAGUUCCAGCUGAACGUGUUGGGCGGCAUGGUGUACGCCACGGGCGGCCGCAACCGGGCUGGCAGCCUGGCCUCGGUGGAGAGGUACUGCCCCCGGCGCAAUGAGUGGGGCUACGCCUGCUCGCUGAAGCGCCGCACGUGGGGCCACGCCGGUGCCGCCUCGGGAGGCCGCCUCUACAUCUCGGGCGGCUAUGGCAUCUCGGUGGAGGACAAGAAAGCGCUGCACUGCUACGACCCCGUGGCCGACCAGUGGGAGUUCAAGGCGCCCAUGAGCGAGCCCCGGGUGCUGCACGCCAUGGUGGGCGCCGGUGGCCGCAUCUACGCCCUUGGCGGCCGCAUGGACCACGUGGACCGCUGCUUCGACGUCCUGGCCGUGGAGUACUACGUGCCCGAGACGGACCAGUGGACCACCGUGAGCCCCAUGCGGGCGGGCCAGUCGGAGGCCGGCUGCUGCCUGCUGGAAAGGAAAAUCUACAUCGUUGGGGGCUACAACUGGCGCCUCAACAACGUGACGGGCAUCGUGCAGGUGUACAACACGGAGACAGACGAGUGGGAGCGAGACCUGCACUUCCCGGAGUCCUUCGCAGGCAUCGCCUGUGCCCCCGUCCUGUUGCCCCGGGCUGGGACCAGGAGGUAGCCCCGGGACCCCGGGGCCUCGGCCUGGCUGCGCGCUGUCUCGGAGCAGGGCUUGGCGAGCACCGUCUGGCCGAGAGCCCCAGCGGCUCCCCAGGCUGGCCUCUAGGGGCCUGCCGUGUCGACAAGCUCCCCCCGGGGGUCCCUGCCUCCUUCCUCCCCAAAGCAGAUCCCGGCUUGGAGUCCAGCCUGGGGAGCCUCCAGCCAGGAGGCCAACAUGCCGUGUCGUGGCAGCAGACGCACGCCCGGCAUGGUUUCCUUGCUGCCCUGCGCGUCCUGGCUGGUGGGUGGAAACUGGGGUCUCCUUUGUGGUGGCCGUUGUGUGGCUUUGCCUCUCUCCUCUCCCCGCUUCAGCCCCACGGUUUCAGACUUUCAGAUGUGAGCUCAUUAGCAUCGAACCCAAAGUCCAAGGUAUGCGACUCACCCCCCUUCCAAGUCUCUUGCGUGCUUGUGUUUUUAAAAUAAACUCACCGAAAACCUCCGUAGCAUACGGACCUGCAGGAGCAGUGAGAGGCCGCUCUGAAACUCCCAGCUCUGGGUGGGUGGAGGACGAGGGCGCAUGCCUGCCUCCCCCACGCGUGUCCCCCAGCACCUGCGCCCUUUGUCCUGAGCUGCCGGGACAGGAGGCCCCGGCUCCCGUCUCUGUUCCCAUCCGGUCCCCAGCACCUUUGAGGCGUUCACUCAUCUGCUUUCAAGAGGAGAAAACACACCCGGCUCCCAGAGACGGUCCUUAUGGGUGUCAGGCCUUCCACUUGGGGUCUUACCAAGGAGGAUGGGCCAAGACACGCCCUGCCUGUGUUUGUCUCCGGUGGCCAGGCUGUCCCCUUUCCACGGGUCAGAAUCUCACAGUGCAUGUGCAUCUUGCAGGUCUGUUGGGUGAUUUUUAUUUCCU